AAACUGGCAGUUAAAGUUGCUUUCAAAACUCAUAUCUGGCUGGUCAAAACCCACUACACCGAGAAAGAGGUAAGAAAGGACAAGAGAGGAAGAAGGCGAGAGAGAGAGAGAGAGAGAGAGAAGGAGUGAAAAAUUUGACAUGGGCACAUUGGGAUUUUAAUAUUUUAUGGUUUUGUCCCUCAGUUCUUGCCAGAAACAGUGAAAACUCAUGAAAGUUUAGGACUUUUCAGGUCACCUUCUUCAAUCAAAGAGGACCCAUCAUUUCUUUUUCCCCCUUUUUUAAUUAUUUUUAUUUUCCUUUUCUUUUGUGCUCUGUUGAUGGAUCCCAAGGGCUCAAAGCAGGCACAGGCACAGGGACAGGAGGUAGUACCCAGCUUCCUGAGCCUCCCACAGCAACAAGGGAACAACAGCAACAACAACAAUAACAUGGGAGAGAACAAGCCUGCAGAGGUUAAGGAUUUCCAGAUAGUGAUCGCUGAGAAGGAAGAGAACAAGAAGCAGCUGGCACCAAAGAGGAGUUCCAACAAGGACAGGCACACAAAGGUUGAAGGGAGGGGGAGGAGGAUAAGGAUGCCAGCUCUAUGUGCAGCUAGAAUCUUUCAGUUGACCAGAGAAUUGGGUCACAAAUCUGAUGGGGAAACAAUCCAGUGGCUUCUUCAACAGGCUGAGCCAUCCAUAAUAGCAGCCACUGGGACUGGGACAAUUCCAGCAUCUGCUUUGGCUGCUGCUGGCACCACUGUUUCACAACAAGGAACCUCUCUUUCUGCUGGUUUGCACCAAAAGAUUGAUGAAUUGGGAGGGUCCAAUAUAGGGUCAGGGAGUAGUAGGACCAGUUGGCAAAUGGUUGGAGGGAAUUUGGGGAGACCCCAUGUGGCCACAGGUCUAUGGCCCCCCCAUGUCAGUGGAUUUGGAUUUCAGACAUCAUCUGGUCCAUCUAAUGCCAGUUUAGCCACUGAUAGUUCAAAUUACCUGCAAAAAAUUGGCUUCCCUGGCUUUGACUUGCCUUCUGCCACCAACAUGGGCCCUAUGAGUUUUACCUCUAUUUUGGGCGGUGGGGGUAACCAGCAGAUGCCUGGCUUGGAACUGGGCUUGUCUCAGGAUGGCCAUAUUGGGGUCUUGAAUCCUCAAGCUUUGAGCCAGAUUUAUCAGCAGAUGGGUCAAGCUAGUAGAGUACACCAGCAGCAGCAACAGCACCAUCAGCAAACUCCUCCUAAGGAUGAUUCUCAAGGCUCAGGACAGUAGAUUUUUCAUGGAUUUGGGUGAAAGAAAGUAGCAUUGUCCAGAGGCUCAGGUUUCUACAAUGGCUUUUGUGUUGUAUAAUUGGGAGACUGUGAGAAAAAAAAAUAGAUGUCUCAGAGGAUUCAAUAGAAACUGGAUUUGGUUUAUUCCCUCCCUUGUUGUUGCUUCUCGGCAGUACUCGAGUCUCCAGAUAAAGGUGGUGAAAUUGCAGGGCCAGAUAGCGUGGAUGCUUUGGUCUGGCCUUAAACUAUUGUUUAAUUCAGAGGUGUGUUGAUUAUUUUGUUCUUCUCUAGGUCAGGAUGGAGUGCUGAUCAGUUUGCUUGUGAAAUUGGUGAUAUAGUUUCAUAAUCAUAUUUGUCAAAUUUCAUAUUGGAUCUGCUAUUAUUACUUUAUCAUCUGGGAAAUUUUAACCUUUGUGUGGAACAGCACUUGCAAAUUACAUCUGUGAAUUGGUCAAACUUGCCACUCCCUUUCUGCACAUUAGCUCCUUUCUUGUCACAAUUGGGAUGAUUUACUCUCUCUUAACAAACAACUUUGCUUCUUUCCUUCAAAAUUUCACUUGGGAGAAUCUUUCCGUUUUUAAAAUAUUGUUUUUCAGCAUCUCAUAACGGUACCUAGUAAUUCUAAAGAAGCUAAAGUUUUUCACAAGAUGGAUCAGUAACUGGAGCUUUGCUUCAUUAUAAAGGGCACUGAAUUUUCCUUUAAAUAACUUAGCUGGAAAAGUCACAUGAAUAGUUUCUAUUAUUACUAAAUACUAAUGUUUUAACAUUUAAGUCCUCCUUUCAGCAUCAUUUAAAUUCCUUAUCCAGAGUCUUUCAGUAGAGGUUUAGAGUCUUCAAUUUUCUUAGAUACUUAGAAAGUGCAAGCGAUUGGAUAUAAGGGAGAAAAGUGAUUAGUAGAGGAUUGAACAUCUUACAUCAGCAUCAUCAAACUUCGAUUUAAAGAGAGCCGCCGAUUAAGCUGCAAGCUAGCUUGUGGCUAAGAGCCUCAGUCUAUGAUAAUUGAUCAUAGAAUGCGCCUUUUCUUCUUUGCCUUGAAGCAUGGCGAAAGACCUUAUCUUGGUUAGAACUAGAAGUAUGGCAAACUGAUUGUUGUCUACUUCUGCACUUCUGAUUUCCAUGAACUUUUGACAAUCGGCUAUUGUUUUAACUUUUUCUCUCUACUAUUUGAUUGAUAACCAAAAUAACAUGAUGUUCCUGAAGCUAUAGUUGUAAUAAGAAGGUAUAUUUAUCUAUUAUGCGUUAAGCCUUUUGCAAGUUGAAACCAUGGUUGCAUAAAUUAUAAGUGAACAAUUGCUAUAUAGUUAGAUAAUAUGAUGUUGUUGAUCUAAUUGAUAUACAAGGGAUUAUUAUCUUAGGGAAGGUCUACACAAGCAAUUUUGUUUUUAAGAAUAUUGCGGCUCCAUAAACUACUGGCAAGCUGCCAAAAUUUGCAUAUAGCUUUUAUGACCAUAGCGUGAUAGUUCCUAUGAGCUCAUCUUUUUGCCUUUGCAUUGCAAGUGGAUGUUUAGCUCCCAAUAUUCAAAUCACUAAAUGACACCAGAAGGUACCCAACUUCUGACAACUAGUGCUUCUAUGACCUCAUUAUGUCUUAUAAGCAGCUGUGAGCUCACCUUAUUGAAUGCAAGUGGGUUUUUGUGUUCCCAGUCUUCAAGCGGUGUUGCCAGUAGAUGACACUGGUGUGUGUUUGGUGCAAAUAAAUUAAGGGUCUUCAUCGAGUUGAAUAAACAUAUUCAGUUUGGACUGAUUCACUUUCAGUAUGCCACCUGUGUGAUAUAGAAAUGGGGAAUUUGUAUUUAAUUGGUCUUCUACAUCUCUUUUUCUGCAUGGUAUGAUGGUUAAGUAGUAUCAAUGUAUUAGUUGGUGACAGAACUUGGAAGUAUAUAAGAGAGGGGAUGGCACCUAAUUUUCAUUAUAUAGAUUACAUAGUAUUAAAGAAACUACAUGUUAGCUUUUUUGCCAAUUGUCAUAAGGAUCGAGUUGUUCCAAUCUUAUAAACAUGGCAGAAAAAUAUACCUGUAGUUCUCAUAAAAAAAGGUUUGGCUGUAAUGCUUAUCUUCCUUCUAAUUAUAUUAUUCCUUGUAAUAGGUAUUUUGGCUUCUCUUACACAUUUUUAUUCUUUAGAACAGUUAGUGAGGUAUGCAAUAGUGGCCUCUCUUCUUUUUUUGACAAUGCAUCUCUUCUAAUUUUGUGAGCACUUUUUUGGGUGCAACCUAUAAAUUUUCAAAUUAUUCCCUCUAAGUGGCUAAUUAGAUAUCAUUUAUUCAAC